AUGGCGGAUUUAGGACAACAACUGAAUGACAGUUCAGCAAAAUCCAUACCAGAAUGGGCUUCUGGAUCAAACCUACGACAUGUGGAACAAGAUGUUUUGAUACCCAAAAUCAUGAGAGAAGAGGCCAAAAUACUGUGCAAGGAAUAUGUGGACGCUUUCACAAAUUGUGCCAAGGGUAGGACACUGUCUUUGGUGACUGCUUGUAGAAAUGAAAACCGAGAAAUGAAGAAGUGUUUUCAAGAGUGGUAUUUCAAUGCUGAAUUCAGGGGGAGAUGUACGGAUAUCUAUUUGAAACGAAGGGAGGAAUACCAGGAGAAAUAUGCGCACACCAAUGAGACGGCUGCGUUUAAACGAAAAGAGUCGACGGUUAAUAUGGGCAAACAGUGAAUCGUUUGGUUGGGUCGGGUGACAGCAAACAAAGAUAUUCAAAAUGGUGACUUGCAGAUUUAACAAUGGUUAUUUCAGUGGCUGUAAAUUGCAUUGUUUGCACUUAACUCACAAACUGAAUGGCAAUAUACGCAGAAAGUACAUCACCUUUGUUAUAGAGCCUCGUUUUCGUGUUUGAGAUGAUUGGGCUCUAAUAUCUCAUGCAGAAAAGCAGGGCUCUGUAGCCAAAGUGAUGUACUUUCCAGAGAUGUGCAUUGCAGAUCAUUCACAGUUUGACACUGACUGAUAGUUACUGGACUGCUAAUGCCAUUGGCUGUGUGUAAAGAAGAAUAGUCGCAGAUAAAAACAUUGUCAAAACAGAUAGAAUUAAGUGUUGACAUAAUGUCAACGUCAUUGAUGUAAUGGGUCGUUCCAGAAUAGAUCCAUACUCCCCUCACGGAAGAAAUUUCUGCCGUCCGGAGGGGGAGGGGAGAAAAAAUUGUUUCUGAUAAUAAUAAAUGUAUUAGGACAUCCGAAGGGGGUAGGGGGGUUAACUUCCUAUUUCCUCUGUGGGGGUGGUAUGGAUGUUUUCUGGAAUGACCCAAUAAGUAAGUUUUCAAAUAUUUAUGUAACUGAAAAUGUGAUGUAGUCUAAUUUAGAUGGUGUUAUUUUUGUUCAUAAACAUUUCCGAUAGGC